UGCCCAGUGGGCAUCCCUGUAGCCUUGCCUGGAAAGCUGAUUCUGGCUGCUGGAAACUGGCUGAAUCCCUUGGACACAGGCCUGUAGGGAUAGGAGUGGGGAUUCAAAUCAACCCAGGAGGCUUCCCCCUCCUGCCCCGGCUCCCUCAAGAGCUGGUGCUUCUCCCCGCAGCACUCAGCUUUAGAUCCCUUUGAAAUCAGGGCACGAGAGAUCAAGGUAGGGAGGCUAUUUGGCACUUCUCAGAGAUCACAGCUCUAUUUCCCUACAUUGGGUGAGAACCAGCAAGAAACGAUAAGGAGUUUUGCUGGAAAAGUACACAAAGUGGCACAGAAAUGGCCUGGUGUCAGGAAAAGGAGGGAAGGCAGUUUGGACUUCCCAGGUAGAGGAAUCAGUUGGGCACCAGCCAGGUCACAUUGAGGGUACCGUGGCGGGGGGCAGUGGACGUUUGAGUCCCCCUCUAGGGGUUAAGUGCUGCCAGAGUGUGAGUGCAUCAUCAGAAAAUGAAGGUAUUUAGGGAGGCGCGGAAGAGAGAGAGAGUCCUGGGAUGGCCCAGGAGGAGAGGCUGUGGCUGUGGGGCCACAAUCACAGCCAUAAAGGGUCAGGGAGUUGCAGACGUGAGGGCAGCCUGAAUUUCUUGCCUGGGAGAUGGUGAUCACACGAGCUGAAGACCAGCCUGACCCCGUGCCAAGAACUUGAGAUGUUUUCAUUUUUACAUGGACUUUGUUUUUUAGAGUUUUAGGUUCCCAGCAAAGUUGAGCAGAAAGUCCAGAGUUCCCUUAUACCCAGCCUCCACUGAAACGUCAUCACCACCCAAAACCCAGGGUGGACUUUGGGGUUCCCUCUUGGUGUCGUGCACUCUGUUUGACAAGUGUUCAUAACAACAAGUGAUGGUUGAGUCACUAAGUCAUGUCUGACUCUUCCGACCCCAUGGACUAUAGCCUGCUAGGCUCCUCUGUCCAUGGGAUUCUCCAGGCAAGGAUACUGGAGUGGGUUGCCAUUUCCUUCUCCAGUGAAUCUUUCUGACCCAGGAAAUCAAACCCAGGUCUCCUGCAUUGCAGGCAGAUUCUUUACCAAGUGAGCUACGAGGGAAGAUGCAAUAACUGAGUACUUACCAUUAUAGUAUCAUCUAUGUUAUUCAUCUUUUUUUAACCUUCUAUUAUGGACAUUUCCAACAUCCUCCAAAGUAGAGAGAAUAGUCUGAUGGGUCUGGAUGUAUCCAUUGGGGCUGCCACAAGGAUCAACAUGUGGCCAGUGAAUCAUCUGCAUGUAUUCCCUGCUCAGUCAUCACAGCAACCCCAGUGAGCAAGUGCUGCUGUGACCCCUGUUUAGAGAAGAAAAAAUGGUCCCUGGUAUACUUAGGAAAGCUUCCCUGGGGCUGGGAGGUUAGAAGGCAGCUAAGUAGGGCCCCACAAAGUUAGUGACUCGCCCCAAAUGAAAUGCACCUUAGUCAAGGGACGAACUGCAAGGCUGGGAGGUGCCUCUUAUCAACCACUAUGCCAGCUGACCUGACCCAGACCUUCAUUGCUUAUGCUGGAUUCACACAGAUGGAAGCAGCAGGCCAGCUUUAUCCCCCACAUGGCCCAACACAGGCCAGGACGCUGACAGUGGGUGGUGUGCAGCCUGCCAGACUUUCCAAAGUAGAGGGCCAUCUUUUUACACCCAGUGGUCCUCCUCCACCAGGGUUUUGUCCCCCAGGCCUACCCUCAGGAGUUAAGACAUCCUCAGUUACAGUUACAAGAGCCAGGGUCCCAACUCAACUGGCACAUGCGAAAAUAAAGCCACGAUAGCAAAGGGAGGCUGAAUUUUCCUGUAACAGACCCCCAAUGCCUACGGGUGAGUCCAGCUCCAGUCAUGUCCUCAGGGCUCUCGUAUGUCGGCUCCCCUUUUUUUUUUGUAUUCAUGUCUUUUUCAAAUGUGCUGACUUCCCAGGCAGGGGGAGCAACCCCAGCAAGAAAGAGUUCCCAUCUUCCCAGUCCCUAGGGAACUACCUCUCAUUGGCCCAGAUUGGAUUAUGGGUUUAUCUUUGCCUCAAUCUGUGUGGCUCUGAUUGGCUACUUCUGUGUCAUGCACCCCAAGAGGCCAGCAUUGGGGUCCUCUACAUGCAAACCUGUGUACCAAGAGAGGAAGAGAGAUGGCCCUCUAAAGAAAACUCAGGCACCACAACCUGUAGCUGGGCUUGUAAAAACGCCAGUUGUCACAUUUCCCGGUAAAUACCAAAUGCAUCCCAUAUUCAUGCUUGUAUAGAAUAUGCCUUCCAUGCCUGCUUAUUUAUCACACAGUCUUCCUGGAGGCCCCUGCAUGGAGAGCAGGAGGUAAGUCCACCUCUCAGGGUCAUCACUGUGCCCUGUUAGUGGGAUGGAGGUGGGUCUCCCAUCUGAAGUGCCCUGAUGUUCUUUUAGCUGUAACUAUCAUGUGUUCCAUCUGUUUUCUUGGUCCAGAUGACUUAUUUGGAAUAGAUAUCCUUGACUGACUCAUAGAGACCUUCCUUCUUCUGGGGUAAAUUAUUAAUCCUCGAAACUAACUACAAACAUUCUUGUUUUGUUGUUGUUGUUGUUCAGUCACUAAGUCGUGUCCAACUAUUUGUGACCCCAUGAUUUUAAUUUAGCCACCCCUUUUUCCUGGAGGGAAGGCCUCCAAAUUCCUUCAGAUCAGACACCCCACCAGCCCCUCUGGCUUUUCAGGGAAGGCUGGAGAGACUAACGAUAAUGGGGAGCAGCCUUCUAACUACAUUUGUUCUCCUUGACCCCUGACACCAAUUCUCAUCCAGUUGGGAAUAUAAAAACGAAGGGUUCCUCAAGGGUGAACACAUCGUUUAGGUUUUCCAUCCCCAAUGUUCAGCUGAUCCAUCCCCCUUCUCCCUCUGGCCACUUUUACCCCAUCCUCAGACAAUGACAGCACCACUGCUCCUUUGCAAAAUUGCAGUCUUCAACCUAGCAUGUGCCCUCUCACCUGUGCCAGCCUGCUUCCAUCAGGACCUCUCAACCCCAUUUGAGAGGGACAGUACAGACUUUCUGGGAUACUAAGUCCACACACACACAAAAGGCUUAUGUCUUAACUGAGACUAAAGAACAGCCUAGAGCUACAGCUCUGAAUGUUUCUUGAUCACUGACAUAAACCCUCUUGAGUGUGCACCCCCACCAUGUGUGUCUAUCUGCUUACACAUCACAUGAAUGUACUAAUCUGAACUUUAUAACACACAUACACAAAUACAGUUCUCAAUAAAUAAGGCUAAAUUAAAAUUAAUAGGUUUUUAUUUAGAUGAUUACAGUUAUUAUUUAUUGGGAAAAUAAAUAAAAAUAGAUAUGCUACAGGUCUUUUUGGACAUUCUCUACGAUGUGUCUUAGAAACCUUCUUGGGGCAAGAACCUGCAACUUUGGGCACCACUGGCCUCCAUCACAGCCCUGACAAGAAGUUCUUCCAGAGCAGUGGGUAGCUAUUGUCCCACUCCCUGACUGCGGUUGCCCAGCAACCUUUGGGACCAUACAAAUCUCCUUUGAUUCUACACUUGUUCACUGUCUUCUCACAUCCACGUUCUACACCUUCACCACCUUUUUGCCCUUCCUUAUUACCAUGUGUUUGCACUCCUCCGUGAAACCUUAGGACCUUGCUGGUGGCCCCAAAUAGUUUUGAAAUCUCCGGACCCUGCUGGUGGCCCCAAAUAGUUUUGAAACGUUCAAAAAUCCACUGAUCUUACACAGGGUGGAAAUAGGCGCUCGGUCAUUGCUUGAAUGUAGGAAGGUGGAACAUGGCCGAGACUGGGUCCCAGAGUCUGGAUCCGUCAGAGUCGGCCCUCUGGCCACAGGGCUAGCGCCCAGAGAAGGCACGUGACAGAAACCCUGAUUCCCGGGUCCUACCACUAAGCAGCAGCUCCCGGGCGUCCUAGCUUGACUAAGGGCUAAGCAUGCGUCCCACUGCCCCUAGAGGUCGCAGCGUGGUUGGGAAGGACUGGGGUGCCUACUGGUGCGGGUCGCCCCGGCAGCGACCACAGAAGACUGGUAUACGCGUCUCACUAGCCACACGAGAUAGCACCCAGCACCGACCCACCACGACCCGGAAGGCAGCCAGACCGGCGCGCGCGCGCGCAGACUCGCCGCUUCCGUGUUACGUUAUAUCCGGUCUAGGCCCGCCCCGACGGUGAGAGAAAGAGCUCUACCAUCAAGAAAGGCAGCCCAGCACCAGACCUCGCCCAUGGACCCUUCUCAGGACCAGCCAACAGCACCAGCAAGGCUGGUCUCCUAAGCCACAGAGGGCCUGUGCACCCCACCCUUGGGAAGGAGCCAUGGUGUUUAGGAGUGGUGAAGGCCACUCCCUGCAGUGGCCUGGCCCAGAAGGGGGCACUGGUUGCACGGGCCCCCAAAGCAUGCUCAGAGCCACCCUGCUGCUUGUCAGCCUGCUGUGGGGGGCCCGGGGAACAGCCAGUGCCAGUCUCAGCCCAGCUCUGGGCCAUCCCAUGCCCCUGACCAGGGGCCGCUAUCUGAGCAUUGGAGAUGGCUCUGUGAUGGAGUUUGAGUUCCCAGAAGAGAGCGAGGGCAUCAUUGUGAUCACAAGCCAGUACCCAGGCCAGGGCAAUGGGACGGGACCCAGCCCCAUGCUGAGGGUCACCUCCCUGGACCCAGAGGUGCUGACCAUCAAGAAUGUGAGUUCUAUAGCCUUGGGCAGCGGCGGCAGCUUCGUGGUAAGCAUCCGCUCGGGCCUGCCUGGGAUAGCCCCACUCCACAUCCAGCUCACGGACCCCCGCGAGGCCCCGCCCAGGCUGAUCGAGGAACGGAGAGAUUUCUGCAUCAAGGUCUCACCAGCUGAAGAUACCCCCAUCACCCUUGGCACUGACCUAGUCCACUUCUCAGAGAACCCAAUCCUCUACUUGCUCCUGCCUCUUAUCUUCGUCAAUAAGUGUUCAUUUGGGUGCAAAGUGGAGCUCGAGGUGCUGAAGGGGCUCUUGCAGAACCCCCAGCCCAUGCUGCUCGGCCUUCUGGGCCAGUUUCUAGUCAUGCCCUUCUAUGCUUUUCUGAUGGCUAAGGUCUUCAUGCUGCCCAAGGCCUUGGCUCUGGGCCUCAUCAUCACUUGCUCGUCGCCCGGCGGCGGGGGGAGCUACCUCUUCAGCCUCCUCCUUGGAGGGGACGUCACUCUGGCCAUCUCUAUGACUUUCAUCUCAACGGUGGCUGCCACUGGCUUCCUGCCGCUGUCCUCAGCCAUCUACAGUCGCCUGCUCAGCAUCCAUGAAACACUCCAUGUGCCCUUUUCCAAGAUCCUGGGGACCCUGCUGUUCAUUGCCAUCCCCAUUGCAGCAGGCGUGGUAAUCAAGUCCAAGCUCCCCAAGUUCUCGCAGCUGCUGCUGCAUGUCAUCAAGCCCUUCAGCUUUGUGCUGCUCCUGGGUGGUCUCUUCCUGGCCUACCGCAUGGGGAUCUUCAUCCUGGCAGGCGUCAGGCUGCCCAUCGUGUUGGUGGGCUUCACGGUGCCCCUGGUCGGCCUCCUAGUGGGCUACGGCCUGGCCACGUGCCUGAAGCUGCCGGUGGCGCAGCGGCGGACUGUCAGCAUCGAGGUUGGGGUGCAGAACAGCCUGCUGGCCUUGGCCAUGCUGCAGCUGUCCCUCCGCCGCCUCCAGGCUGACUACGCCUCCCAGGCCCCUUUCCUUGUGGCACUUAGCGGCACCUCGGAGAUGCUGGCCUUAGUAAUUGGCCACUUUAUCUAUAGCAGCGUGUGCGCCAUUCCCUGAGGCCCCCUGGGUCAAGCUUUCACCAGGCACCCCUAGCCCCCAACCUCCACCAACUGUCCCCACCAUUCUUGUGUACCAAAGGCCUUUAGUUCUCAUGCACUAUGCACUCAGAAAAAAAAACCCAGGCUUAUUUUUUUUACUCGUUUUUUAUUCUCCAGCUUUCAGUGCCAAAGAGGCCAUGCUGAAUUCUGUAGACGGGCACUGCCCAGAAAAUAUAUUUCAAUAAAACAGAAGCAAGCUUG